AUGCUGGAACUGGUGGUGAUGCUGCUGGUGGAGGUGCUGGAGCUGCUGGUCCCGGAGGUGCUCAUCCUGGAGGCACUGGAGCUGCCGGAGCUGGUGGUACUACUGCUACUGGAGGUACUGGAGGUGCACGAGCUGCUGGUCCCGGAGGUGCUCCUGCUGGAGGUACUGCAGGUGCUGGAGCUGCAGGUCCUGGAGGUGCUUGUGCUGGAGGCACUGGAGCUACCGGAGCUGGUGGUGCUGCUGGUGCUGGGGGUACUGGAGCUGCCGGAGCUGGUGGUGCUGCUGGUGCUGGCGGUGCUGAAGGUGCUGGAGGUGCUGGAGCUGCUGGUCCUAGAGGUGCUCGUAGUGGAGGUACUCGAGCUGCUGGAGCUAGUGGUGCUGCUGGUGCUCGGGGUGCUGGAGGUGCUGGAGCUCGAGGCGCUGGAGCUAGAGUCACUGAAGCUGGAGGCGCUGGAGCUGGAGGCCGUGGCGCUGGAGGUGCUGGCGCUGGGGGCGCUCGAGCUGACCGUACUGGUUCUUGGUCUCCCAUCUUCUACUUACUCCUCCCUUUCUGUGUCCACCGCCUGA